AUGAAGGUGCCAUGUACUAAUUUACAUGUCAGUGCAUAUGUAUGUCAAAUGGAUAUUCAAGAGGAGCGUCAUUCUUGCUCUCAAAACCAGUUUAGAUGUUUAUCUGGAGCUUGUAUACUGAAGUCAUUACUUUGUGAUGGUAACUAUGAUUGCCCCGACGAAAGUGAUGAAGAAGAACAUUGUAUUAAAGAAUGCUUCAAAAUGACUGAUGGCUCAGAUUAUCGAGGGACACAAGAUACUGCUGCAGAUGGAACACGGUGCCUACCAUGGACAAGCCCAUUUAAAGGCACCGACAGUAUAUAUCCAGCAGAUUUUAUAGGGAAAGGCAUUGGAGAUCAUAAUUAUUGUCGAAAUCCCAAUGGCAAGUGCCGGACAUGGUGUUAUUCAAGUGAUUUUUACGACAUUAAAGAGUGUGAAGUUGAACAGUGUU